ACCCUAAUUUGAAUGAUAUUAGGAUAUGUCUUGAGUUACAUGGAUUUUUGAUAUUUGAGAUUUUAUUGCUAUUGCCGGAUAAAAGUGUGGAGGCGGUAAGGUGUAGACAGUCUUCAAUUAGGCCUAACAAACAUUUGAACAUGACUAAGUAUAAAUCUUUGGAACAGGUUGCUGAACUUCUUGCACCUGAUCUGGCGACUUCCAGUCUCAUUGUUGGAAUUGAUUUCUCAAUUAGCAACACAUGCCAUCAUUCCUUAAACGGAAGGAGCCUGCAUCAAAUUGGAGAUGCUCAAAAUCCCUAUGAACAAGUUCUCCGGCUUACUGAAAAAACCUUGGCUCCUUGUAUGAAGGAUAAGCUAGUUCACUGCUUUGGAUUUGGAGAUGCAUCUACACAAGAUCAAGACGUCUUCAGCUUUCGUGAAGACAAGUUACCAUGUAAUGGACUUUUAGAAGUAUUAACAAGAUAUAGAGCCAUUGCAUCGAAUCUGAAACUGGCAGGACCAACAUCAUAUGUUGCAAUCGUAGAAAUGGCCAUGGCUAUUGUUGGUAAAAGUGGCGGCAAACAUCAUGUUUUGUUGAUAAUUGGCGAUUCGCAGGUUACAAGGUAUUCCGGUACUGAUUCCGACAAACUAGGCUGGUUUGAGCAAAAGACUGUCGAUGCAAUUGCUCAAGCAAGGGAGUAUUCGUUGUCAAUUAUUUUAGUUGGGGAUGAACCACCACCAUCCAUGAUGUUCAGUUUUCGUCAGAUUAGCUCUCUUCGUGCUUAUGAUAAUUUCAAGUUUGUGAAUUUUACAGGAAUUAUGUCAAAAGAUGUUCAUUUGUCCAGAAAAGAGAUUGAGUUCGCUCUUGCAGCUUUCAUGGAAAUCUCCAAGCAUAAAAACACUUGCAAACGGAAAUUGGGCUUUUUGUACAAGGAAGUAGGCUCAGAAAGAGUUCCUCUUCUUCCACCUGUUCACAAUUCAGCUCCCAUUCUCUCAAAAUCUUUCUUUUCAGAUAUACUACGUAGAGAAAAUACGAUACAUGAUGAGAGUGGUCCCUGGUUUGAUCGAUUAGAACAUGAAAGUCCAAUGAUUGGCGGUUAUACAGGUGUAAUUCACAUUGGCAAUUUUCCAGUGCCGUCAAGUUUUGAAGCACUUUAUAAGAAGAUUUGGUUAAAGCAUGGGCAUCUAGCAACCCGCAAUAUCAUCAAAACAUCAACCCUGACCUUAGCGACUAUAGUCGCAGAAUUAUUGAAGUCUAUCGCUGCCAUGGAAAGUGUGAAGAGGGACAAACUAUCUGCUUCUCUUCUUGGCAAGUGGGAUAGGCAGAUUGAAGAUACUGAAGCGCUUCAAUUUAACGUGCAAUGGCUUAGGAGGCAUUUUGAAAUGGUUAAGAAGAGCUGGGAGGCUGCGUCAUUGUUGAGGAACUCUCAGUUAACUUGAGAGAAGGAAAAGGCUGCUGCUUUAGAAAAAAGGUCAGCUGCAUAUGCAAAACGUGAUGCUCUCAAGGCACAACUUUUAGAGGUAGAGAAGGAAGUGGAGCAAGCGACAUCCGAAAUAAAUCAGCAUGAAAGAGCUAUUUUAGAAGAUGCCAUGACAAGAGAGCGAUAUGCUUUCUUUCUUCGAAAGUCUUUCCUAGAGGAUGCCUUAUAAUUAAUCUUCAAAGUUGGUUGUUUUACCUUAACAAUACCUAUCCUUAAAUAGGAGUAGUACUUCAGAACAUUCAUCUUCUGGUCCGCUUUUGUUCAUGAGGGGCUUAUGCAUUUAACUGACUUUAAUCUCUAUUUUGUGCAUGUUCCAAUAUCAACUUUUACUUGAGGUGUAA